AUGGAGCAUCACGUAGACUUCCUUUUCGGUGGCACCAAGCCCUGGAAUAGCAGUCUCUGGACCGCCCAAGACGACCGCGUCCGCGGCGGCUCCAGCAUCUCCCACCUGACGGUCUCAAGCCCCACGCAGGCCAUCUACCACGGGAACCUGGACACCAAGACACUAGGCGGCGCGGGCUUCGCGUCGCAGCGCACGCAGGGCGACCUGGGGCUGGAUCUGUCGGCCGCGACGGGGCUGCAGCUCGUGCUCGGGGCGGGCAGCUCAGAUCACAAGUUCACGCUCAACGUCAAGGACACGCUGCCCGGGAAGAGGAAGGACGGCAGGGAUGAGUCCGGUGUGAGCUGGGAGGUGGACUUUGAGGCGCCGCGCGAGGGUGGUGUUUUGGUCAAGACGUGGGAUGAGUUCAAGGCCACGUAUCGUGGGAGGGAGGUGAAGGAUCCUGAGCCUUUGAAGACGGAUGAGAUCAAGAGGAUAUCUAUCAUGACGCGAAGCUUCUUUGAUAAGCAGGAUGGAGACUUCAAGCUGGUCAUCAACUCAAUUGCUGCGGUUAAGAAGUGCAGCGAUGAGAGCGAUGAUGAGGACGAUUUGAAGAAGCCUAAUCUCGAUGUCAAGGCUAGCCCUCGUCCUGCCUGGAAGGCUCUGUUCUGUGGCUUUUUGUAA